UCUGCGGGCACUUCACGCCUGUCUGUUUGGGAUCAGCGAGUGAAGAAGAAAUCCGUCAAAGAAGAGACGAUGGCGAGGGGAAGUCGGAGUCUGAGGAAAGUGGCCGAGUGCUUUAAACAGUUACCUUCAACAGCAAGCCGGGAACUACCGGCUAGAAACAACGUAAGAUACCUGUCGUCAUGCGGGAUCCUGAUGACCCGCGUGCCUCCGCUGAUCGGUGCCGCCAUGACGGGCCGAGGCGUCACGCUGCCCGUGCGCAGCUUCUUCAACCUCGCCAACUCCCUCUCCAAGAAGAAGGAGUACUCAGAGAGACGCAUUAUUGGGUAUUCCAUGCAGGAGAUCUACCAGGUGGUGGCCGAAGUGGAAAACUACCGCCUCUUUGUGCCCUGGUGUAAGAAGUCUGAGGUUGUGUUCAAACGAGCCGGAUUCUGCAAGGCCAAACUGACUGUGGGCUUCCCUCCUGUGGUUGAGAACUACACCUCCCUUAUUACCUCAGUGCGCCCCCACAUGGUCAAGGCGUCCUGUUCAGAGGCUAAACUCUUCAACCACCUGGAGACUGUUUGGCGCUUCAGUCCUGGCCUCCCGGGUUACCCUCGGACGUGCACUGUGGAUUUUUCUAUCUCCUUCGAGUUUCGCUCCCUCCUGCACUCCCAGCUCGCCAACGUCUUCUUCGACGAGGUGGUGAAGCAGAUGGUGUCUGCGUUUGAGCGUCGCGCCUCAAAGGUGUUCGGUGCAGAGACGCAAAUCCCGCGAGAGCUCAUGUUCCACGAGGUUCACCACACGUAGCGCCCCCCCUCUCCCCCCUGCUGCACCAACCCCCGACACACAAUGCCCGACGCCAGAGAGACAAAGAAGAGACUCCACGUGUUCACAGAGAAACCUGCAGUGCCUUUCUCACACCUAUGACCAAGUUCAUUCCCAACAGUUCACUAUCUCAUGUUUUUUAUAAACAAUGUCGCUCCACCAGCUCAACAACUUGUCGGUGCUCAGAACACAUUUAUACUUUUUUUCAUUUCCAUUUACAGAAAAUUACAACCCAUGCCGGGUCAUCAUUAGCUGCUCUUAUUGCAGGUGCUAGCGGCUAGCUGCUGUGGGUAGUUUCUGUUUCUGCUCCAUUAAACAAACGAGAAACGUCCCCAGAAAAAAUGCUAUAAAGGCGACUAACUAUUAUCUUAACUAGAGCCUCUCUGGGAGGAAAAUUGAGAACGACGCAGAAUGCAUGAUGGGAAAUAUGCCCAGUUUUUGGACCUGCUGGCAUCUGCACUUAUGUAAACAAACAGAGUUCAAAUGUUUCUGAGAAUAUUUAACAUUAUCACACGUUUUUAACAAAGUCUUGUGCAGCCCGCAGUCAGCUUCAUACCGCACAGAGAAGACUGCUAACUAAGGGCUUGUGUCCACCUGCCAUUUUUCAAUUGUUCCCAAUGAGGAGAGAGCAGACACCGGAGAAAAGGCGCAGCGUCCUUCUUCAGAACGCUCCUCCUUUUGGUUGCUUUCGCUCCAAGUGCUUCUUCUUUCUUUCAACUUUUCAGAAGGGCCGCUGUUGAUGUCACUUGCGAUCUUAAAAAAAAAAAAAGCUCAUCAUCCAGGCAAAGCAGGCGGCCAAACAUCCUCCAUUUGAUCCUUCGAGUGAAGAAAGUAAAAACCCUCAAAUUGAAAACAUACAGUAAAAAGUAACGGAGCACUGUCGGUCAUACAGUGGCCGUUGUCAUGGAGACUAUACGCAUGUGCAGGGCCUUUAUUCUCAGUACAAGCGCUUCAUCGUGGCGGCCCAGAGCACACAGCCAGGGCUUUUCUGCCUUAAAACAACUCCAGGUGGACAAGGGUUUUAAGAGGUUCAAUGUUUUGUACAAAAAAUAUAUAUUGGGUUUAUAUUGAAAAACAAACAUCAUUGGAAAUAGUUUUAUGCACACUCAUUUUCUAGUGGAUGGAUCCUGAAUAUGACAAUAAUCUGACUUUGAUAGGGGUAAGGCUAACAGUUGAGAUUUCCCUCAUUCCACAUCCAGCAUUUGGUGUUUGAGACACAAGGAGUGAGCUGAGAUGAGUCGAGUUCAGGGAGAGAUCUUUGGGGUAUAUCACAGUUUGUGACAGUCUUUACAAUUCUUGGAAGAAAUCUUCACUCAUGCAAUCAAAGUCCCACCAGUUGUGUCUGCUUGCCACUCUGCUCGUCGAGUCCUCCGUCUUUCUCUCUGCGUUUACAAUCUGUGAUAUGUCUGUGGGAGCCUCUCACUCACGCAGGGUUCUGUUGUAUAUAUUGUGGAUCAGCUGUGUUGGGAAACAAACACACUGACAGGGAGAAGUAGAUUUGAAGCUGUAGGAGCAAAGGGAAUGUUGGAGGAGAGCGUUUUUAGCAGGUGUACUGUGUGCAGGGAUUCAGGUAAAGCUACUGGAUGUUGUGUGGCGUUUAACUCGUGGGUGGGCUCUGAUGCUGUUACAGUUAACUUAAAGGUCACAUAUCCUCCUCCUCUUCAACCAGUGUAAAUAAGUCUCAGAGCUCCCCAAAACAUGUGUGAAGUUUCUUGUUCUAAAUCCACUCUGAUCC